GCAACUGGGUAAUCCGAACUCCGCAAAAAGAGAAAUAGCUUCUACUCCGAGUUUCGAAAACCUUGCGUUGCUAAAAUCCAAACACCGAUAAUCCCUCCAAAUGACUCCUAAACCUUUCAACUUUCCCGCCAAACGCACAACCGCACUUUUCCUCCUAACCGCCACCGCUGUCUCCGCCGCACAAACUUCCAGCUCCGCCGUGCCCUCUCCUCUCCCCGCACUCUCCCCUGAAAAAAUCGGAGGCGAAAUCCACGGUCUCAUCCGCACCGCACGUGCCGUCUCCACGGUCGCAUCCACGGUUGUUGACUACGAAUUCUCGUUGCGCGGCCUUCCAAAGGACUCCGAUCAGUACCGUCAAACGAUUUCUCAGGUUCAUCUACGCUCUGCCAAGAGGUUUCUCAAGCUAUGCGAAGCCAACAAAGGAUUUUAUGUGAAGGCUGGACAGUUCGUUUCGGCGCAGAAAGUGCUUCCGAAAGAAUACUCGUCCACUUUGUCUUCCUUACAGGAUCAGGUUGCUCCUCUUCCUUUUAAAGUUAUUGGGGAAGUGUUAAAGGAUAAUCUCGGACCUGAUUUCUCUGAGAUGUUUCUGUCAAUUGAUGAACAACCUGUAGCUGCUGCAUCUAUUGCUCAAGUUCAUCGUGCAGUGCUGAAAAGUGGUCAUGAAGUAGCAAUCAAGGUACAAUAUCCUUGGAUAGAGCAGCAAAUGAAUUUUGAUACAAGAACAAUGUAUUUCCUAUCAAAAACUAUUUCAUGGUUAUACCCUCAAUACAGGCUUGAGUGGUUACCAUUAGCGUUUGCCAAGUCCAUGUCUUCAGAACUUGAUUUUGUUCAAGAGGCAAGGAAUUCCGAGAUAGCAGCCAAAACUUUCAGAAAUAGCAAAAUGGUCAGAAUUCCUCAUGUAUUCUGGGACUUGACUACAAGACAAAUCCUAACCAUGCAGUUUUAUACAGGACACAAGAUUGAUGACUUGGAUUUUCUGAAUCAGAUUGGGGUCGAUCCAGAAAAGGUAGCAAAAUCAUUGACUGAGCUGUUUGCUGAAAUGAUAUUUGUACAUGGCUACAUACAUGGUGAUCCACACCCUGGUAAUAUAUUAGUUUCUCCGGAAGGUUGUAAUGGUUUCUCUUUGGUUCUUCUAGAUCAUGCAGUCUACACGGUAUUGGAUGAAGAAUUUAGAAAAGAUUUUUGUCAAUUAUGGGAAGCUUUGAUUCUCAAGGAUUCAAUGAAAAUAAUGCGGCUCGGUGAGCGAUUUUGUGCUGGGAAGUAUUCCAGAUAUUUACCCAUCAUUUUCACUGGUACAACCAUUGAAAGCAAAAAUGCCGUUGGCAUAUCAAUUGAAGAAAAAGAGACCUUGAAACAUGAAUUGAAAUCUCUGUUGUUUGAGGACUUAUCUUCAUUCAUGGAGUCUCUGCCCCCAGAUUUUAUUGCUAUAAUGCGUAUAGAUGCACUGUUAAGGUAUAUCAUUAGAAAGAUGGAUGUCUCACGGGUCACGAGGUUGCUAACUUACACCAAAUAUGCUGUGUAUGGUCGUCUCUGUCCAAAGUUGGAUGGGGAAGGUGAAUCGUGUAAAAUACUCAGAACAAACUUCUAUUUUGCUGUCAAAGCUAGCUUUUUCAGUUUCAUGUCAACGUUAAAAUAUCUUCGCAUCCUACUAACGGUCCUUACAGGGGCCACUGACGUUAUCCCUAGGCGGCAGAAGUUGAAAAGUGUACAGAAUUACUUGCAUAGCAAGAUCAAUUGUGACACUUUGGGCCUCUUGGUGCAUUCCGUUUUUCUUCUUUUAUGUGUCUGUCCUAAUGCAUUGUUUUAAACAUUGAAUUGUCUCAAGCGAAGGUUCAUUUUGACGGUAUACUAUCCCUGAAUAAGAGUUGGGAGUGUAUCGUGACAGAAACCAGAGUAUAAAAGGAGGGGAUCUCAAAUAAAUAGAAGAAUGGUUAAGAUUAAAAUUAAUUAAAAUAAUCUUAACCAUUGUGUAUAGGUUAUAUGGUUACAAUUUACUCUUUUAUUUUCAUUUUAUGCAUGCACUAAAUGUCCGAGGAUAUGUAUA